GCAAACACCAGCACGUAACCGGAGAGAGGUUCUUCUCUCAGACGCCAGAAGGAUACCACCGCAUCCCCCGUCGCCAAUCCCGCUCCGCACCAAUCCGCCGCCGCCGCCAAAUGCUUCAUCUCGUCGACUGAAUCCGUCUCGAUUCACAGCUCCGGCCCGACAACGAUGAACAACAACGGUUGCAGCAGCAACAGCACGAGCUCGCACGUCAACUGCAACAGCGUCGGCGGUCGCGCCGCCGAUCGACGCGAUCUCGGCUCGCACUUCUUGGAGCUGGCGCGGCUCGGCUCCGCUGGGGCUCCCGGCGCCGCGGACGAGGGCGAGGAGUCCCCGACGGAGCUCAACACCAUCAACAGCUCCGGCGGCUUCCUCGUGGUGUCGACCGACAAGCUGUCCGUGAAGUACACGAGCGUGAACCUCCACGGCCACGACGUGGGCGUCGUGCAGGCCAACAGGCCUGCCCCGGUGCGGCGGCUCGCUUACUAUUUCGAGAUUGACGUGAAGGACGCUGGGGCGAAGGGUCAGAUAGGGAUUGGCUUCACCAGCGAGAACUUCAAGAUGCGGAGGCAGCCUGGGUGGGAACCCAACAGUUGUGGUUAUCAUGGUGAUGAUGGGUUUCUUUAUCGUGGACAAGGAAAGGGAGAAGCUUUCGGACCAACUUAUACUUCUGGUGACAUAGUUGGUGCGGGCAUUAACUAUGCUACACAGGAGUUCUUUUUCACAAAAAACAAGGCAGUAGUGGGAACAGUCUACAAGGACAUGAAAGGUCCCUUAUUCCCCACAGUUUCUGUUCAUAGCCAAAAUGAAGAGAUCAAUGUUAAUUUUGGGCAAAAACCAUUUGCCUUUGAUAUCAAGGCAUAUGAAGCUCAAGAAAGAAUGAGGCAACAAGCAACGGUAGAAAAAAUAUCUUUGCCACCAAACAUCAGCUAUGGGAUUGUUCGGUCAUACUUGCUACAUUACGGAUAUGAAGAUACACUAAGUUCAUUCGACAUGGCUAGUAAAAGCACUAUUCCUCCAAUUUCUUUAGAUCAAGAAAACGGCUUUGAUGAACAGGAGAUUCUCUAUGCUUUAAACCAGAGGAAGACUCUUCGUCAGCUGAUUCAAAAUGGGGAAAUUGACGCAGCAUUCAGUAAACUCCGCAACUGGUAUCCACAAGUUGUUCAGGAUGAAAAAUCAGCUACUUGCUUUCUCCUCCAUUGCCAAAAGUUCAUUGAACUAGUUCGGGUUGGAGCCCUGGAGGAGGCUAUCAAAUAUGGAAGAGUUGAGUUGCCAAGGUUUUUUGAGACGGCUGGCUUCGAGGAUCUAGUAGAGGAUUGUGUAUCUUUAUUGGCAUAUGAACAUCCAAAGGAGUCCUUUGUUGGGUAUCUACUUGAGGAGUCACAGCGUGAGGUGGUAGCUGACACGGUGAAUGCAAUGAUCUUGGCGACAAAUCCCAGCGCAAAAAAUUAUCAGGGUUGCCUGCACUCCUAUCUGGAGAGGUUACUGAGGCAGCUGACUGCUUGUUGCUUGGAGAGGAGGUCGUUGAAUGGAGAUCAAGGCGAAGCUUUCCAUCUGCACAGAGUACUUCACAAUGGCAAUAGGAGAUGCUAAAUGCUAGUUUGUAGCUUCUGUCUCCGUUGAAUGUCUAAUCGCUGUUCAUAUUAGCUCAUUGAUAGUUUGCUGAAUCAUAAGCCAAGUGUUCAAGUGCUCCAUGUGCCGAGAGGAAAUGCCCUUGGUGCUACAUUACGGGCUCUUCUCUUCAUGCUUGUAAGCAUCUCUAAUGUUGCAUAUCACAUAGUGAAUUGGCAACAUUCCGCGGUCCAAAUAUGGCUUCACGAUUUUGUGUUGGAGUCGCUACAUUUUCUUCUGUCUUUGUCAUGUUGAUGUUCACUUGGAUGCUAAGAAGAUUAACCAAGUGUAAAGAAUACUUGUAUAGAUCCACAUGUUGCAUUUAAUGCAGCAACUCUCUGGUGA